AACACAUACAUCCUAAGACAAGGGCCAAGUAAAGACUUUGAUCUCGUGUCUCUCUUGUAACGAGAGUGUCUGAAAAAUGGAAGCAUCAAAAUGUUUUGGUCCAAGAACUCUCCCUAUCAUUCACAACGUCCCUCUCUGUCUGAAGACCAACUUCUCUCUCUUUCCUUGCCGUUUGCUUCAAAGCCAAUCUCUUUCCUCCAAGAAAUCCACAAAACACUACUUGUUCCGUGUUAAGGCUGAGACUAGUGGCGAUCUUGAGAGUACUCGUCCAUUGACGUACUUUUCUCCAUCUUAUUGGGGAGAUCACUUCCUCUCUGUUUCCAUCGAUGACUCCGUAAGUACACACCUGGUCCGAUGUGUUUUAGUGGAUAUGUCUUGUUAGAGUACAUGAUUUGUUUUUUUGAAUUGCAUAUUUGUAGGAAUUUGAGGCACUUGAGAAAGAAAUUGAAACGGUGUUCAAGCCUAAAGUGAGAGACAUGCUCAUGUCUCCUCACAGCAGCGACAAGGAGAGGAUUCGUCUCAUCCAUUUGCUUAUCAGCCUCGGUAUCGCUUAUUACUAUGAGAAUGAAAUCGAGGAGAUUUUACACAAGGCUUACGGGAAGUUGGCCUGCUUAAUUUCGGACGAGGAUGAUUUGGAAACAAUAGCAAUCAUGUUUGAGGUUUUCAGACUAUAUGGACACAAGAUGCCUUGCGAUGUGUUCGAGAGAUUCAAAAGCGAAGAUGGGAAGUUUAAGGAAAGUUUAGUUGGGGAUGUUAGAGGGCUGCUACAGCUGUACGAAGCCGCGCAUCUAGGAGCACCAUCUGAAGAUAUAAUGGAUGAAGCCUUAAGUUUUGCGCGGUAUCACUUGGAACCGUUGGCAGGCACCGAAACAAGCUCUAAUCUUUUUAAGCAUGUAGAAAACGUUUUGUAUAGAGCUCGAUAUCAUAGCAUAGAGAUACUAGUAGCACGACAGUACAUCUCUUUCUAUGAUCAAGAAGAAGACCAAGAUGAGACGCUCCUUAGGUUUUCAAAGCUCAAUUUCAAUUUUUGCCAGAUGCAUUACGUCAAAGAGCUCAAAAUUGUCACUAGAUGGUGGAAGGAGCUAGGUAUCGCAUCUAAGCUACCGUACUCCAUAAGGGAGCGAAAUGUGGAGACUUAUCUUGGGGGCUUGGGAGUGCUUUUCGAGCCGCGAUAUUCACUUGCAAGAAUUUUCUUAGCUAAACUAACACUGAUCAUGACUGUUGUGGAUGAUACAUGUGAUGCAUAUGCCACUCUUCCUGAAGUUCAGAGUCUUCAUGAUGCUUUUCAUAGAUGGGAUCUGCGUGCCAUGGAAGAACUACCGAGGUAUAUGAGAAUCAUCUACCAAAGUGUGUUCGAGACUGUGGAAGAUAUUGAUCGAGAAAUGAUAGCUCGAGGAAAACAUGGUCGGUUGCAACUAACCAUAGAUGAGAUCAAGAGUCUGAUGAUAUGGUAUCUUGGGAUAGCAAAAUGGGCACGCUCAGAUCAAGUGCCAAGCUUUGAGGAUUACAUGGAGAUUGGGACACCCUCGUCUGCAUUGGAUGACUUUGCAUCCUACGGCUUUAUAGCAAUGGACGAUUGUGAUCAGAAGCAAUUGAAGGAAUGGUUUUACUCCAAACCUAAAAUCUUUCAUGCCUUGAAUGCUCUGUUUCGUAUCAGAAAUGACAUUGUCACGUUCGAGCAAGAGAUGAGCAGAGGAGAGGUGGCAAAUGGUGUCAACUGUUACAUGAAGCAACAUGGUGUCACCAAAGAAGCAGCGGUUGAAGAACUGAGGAAGAUGGAAAGAGAGAGUUAUAAGAUAAUGAUUGAGGAGUUCAUGACGUCCAAAGCUAUGCCACGACAGAUUCUGGUGCGACCCGUCAACAUUGCGCGUGUAAUGGAUUUGUUUUACAAAGAAGCCGAUGGAUUUGGGCAUCCUGAUCAAAAGCUCUUACAACUUAUUGCGUCUUUGUUCCUCCAUCCAAUACCUCUUUGAACAUUUAUAAAAAGUUAUAUAAGGAGUUUUUAUAUAUGUAUGUGACUUUGAAUAAGUGUUUUGUAUAUGUUUACUUUGAAUUUGAAUUUUCUUUAAUUUAUUUUACCAAACCGUUAUAACUUUUAAUAUAUUUGAUAUUAAUA